CUGCUUCAGCCGCUGCACUGAGACGUGCGCGCCGUCCAAACUAACUGACACUCUUCUGUCUUCUGGACGGCGGGGAAACACACACACACACACACACACACACCCCUCCGAAAUGGCUAAGGAGACAAAAGGCAAAGUGACUUUACGCAAGCACAGCGCUUCCCACUGGUGUAUGCAUAACAUCACCCAAGAAUCCAUGGACAGCUCUGAUGAUGAGUUUUUUGAUGCCCGAGAGGUACUAGAGGGGAAGACUGCUAUGCUGUUGGGAAUGAGUCAGUGGAACUCUAAUGACCUGGUAGAACAAAUUGAGACUUUGGGGCAGAUUGACCAGACACAAGAGAGCCUGUGCCGUGUUGACCAGCCCAGGUGCGUCCACCAGAGAAGCAUUGAUGGACUAGAUAGCCUUGAGACGAGAUGUAAGAUCCAGGUGCUUGUAUUGGUGGUACACGGGGGGAACAUUCUGGACCUGGCCAGUGGUGACCUGGGGGCAAAGGCUGCAGACGUGGCCACUCUGUCCUCAGUGCUGGAGAAAGUGGCACAGGUGCACUUUAAGGCUGCUGCACACCAGUUACUAUUAAAGCUGGUGCCCUGUCCUGCUGUAUGUGCAGAGGCCUUUUCGCUGGUUUCCAACCUGAACCCUUACAGUUAUGAUGAGAGCUGUGUGUCGAGCAGUGUGGAUCACCUUCCACUGGCAGCACUUCCCCUCCUCGCUAUUGCAGCACCACACUAUCAGGAUGCUGUGGCAAUAGUUAUUGCCCAAGCCAAUCAGGUCUACCACAGCUUCCUGCAGUCCCCAGAAGGACAAGGCUUCACUGGCCAGGUGUGUCUGUUGGGUGACUGUGUGGGUGGCGUGCUGUGUUUUGAUGCACUCUGUUUCAGCAACAGCCCACAACAUGACAAUCCUAGUCACAGAGGGAGACACAACAGUAUGGAGAGCCUAAGGAAUAACCCAGGGCUUCUAGAAGAGGCCAACUUGGGUCUGCGCUCCAGUAAGCGCCUCAGCAAAAGCAACACUGACAUCUCAGCCCCUGAUGGGAGUCGUGUGAGGAGGAAACGGCUCACUCGCAAACAGAGUGAUUCGUGUGCUAUUGACUCCUCCAAGAGCCAGCAACAUCCAGUUCUCAGCAAUCAGGUCCAGGAUGGAAUAGACCUAAGCCCUGGAGGAAGCAGUCCAAUGUUGAAUCCAGGCCGUUUUGACUUCGAAGUGUCAGAAUGUUUCCUGCUAGGCUGUCCACUUGGACUAGUGUUAGCCAUGAGACGCACUGUUCUUCCUUUGGUUGAAGUGACUCAGCUGCAGCCUGCUUGCUCUCAGAUCUUCAACCUGUUCUACCCCUCUGACCCGUCAGCCUCCAGACUGGAGCCCCUUCUCCAUACUCUCUUUCACCGGCUGCCUCCAUUCCCUGUUCCACGAUACCAGCGCUACCCGCAAGGCGAUGGUCGCUCCACCCUCAUUGCUGAUGACAUCCAUGGCCACCCUGAUGUGUUCCUCGAUGAAGAAACUGUGCUCCCAUUCUCUCCGAGGGUAAAUGACGCAGAGGGAACAGUGAAGCAGGUGGUUGGCAGAGGCCGCAGGGCAAGUCUGACCAGCACAGACAGUCAAGCAUCCGGCUGCUGGGAGAGCAAGCUCAGCUGCAUCAUUGCCAACAUCUCCAGUACCUGGUGGGGCUCUAAACGGCUGGACUAUGCACUUUUUUGUCCAGAUGUGUUGACUGCAUUCCCUACUGUAGCUUUGCCUCACCUGUUCCAUGCCUCCUACUGGGAAUCUACUGAUGUGGUGGCUUUUCUGCUCAGACAGGUGAUGCAUUGUGACUGUGUGAAGGCUCAGGAGGCAGACAGCUCAGACUGCACCUCCUUUUCCCCUUCCAGCCCCAGAGAGAAAUGGCUACGGAGACGCACACAUGUUAAGCUUAGGAAUGUCACUGCCAACCACAGAGUGAAUGAUGUCAUUGCGACUGAGGAAGGACCGCAGACUCUGGUUGGUCGCUUUAUGUACGGCCCUCUGGACAUGGUGACUCUGACAGGAGAGAAGGUGGACAUAUAUUUAAUGACGCAGCCUCAGUCAGGGCGCUGGGUGCACUUUGACACUGAGGUCACCAACAGCAAUGGCAGAGUGUCCUACACAAUCCCUGACAGCAAAAAGCUGCCUGUGGGAGUUUAUCCUAUUAAAAUGAUUGUGAAGGGAGACCAGACGAGUGCAGAAGCUUUCCUGACUGUGCUGCCACGGGGAAUGGAGUGUGUGGUGUUUAGCAUCGAUGGGUCCUUUGCUGCUAGCGUCUCCAUCAUGGGCAGCGACCCUAAAGUGCGGGCUGGUGCUGUGGAUGUGGUCAGACACUGGCAGGACUUGGGUUAUCUUAUUAUCUACAUCACUGGGCGUCCAGACAUGCAGAAACAGAGAGUGGUGUCAUGGCUUUCCCAGCACAACUUCCCACAGGGCAUGAUCUUUUUCUCUGAGGGGUUGGUGCAUGACCCACUGCGCCAGAAAACCAUCUUCCUCAGAAACUUGAUUCAGGAGUGUCACAUUAAGAUCAACUCGGCCUACGGCUCCAUGAAGGACAUCUCCGUCUACAGCAUGCUGGGUCUCAGCCCCAACCAGAUAUAUAUAGUGGGCAGACCAUCCAAGAAAUACCAAAACCAAUGCCAGUUCCUCAGCGAGGGCUACGCUGUGCACCUUUCCUCACUGCAGUUUGGCCAUCGGGCCCGGGCCAAGAAGACCUCAUCAAUGCGCAUGGUGCUGCGUAAGAGCUCUUUUGGCCUGUCAUCAAAGCCGGACUUCCUGUCCAAGCGCACACACCUUCGACGUACCAUGUCUGUGCAGCAGGCUGAACCUCCCAUGACCUUGAAUCCCAAACCGGAGCGUGCCCAGAGCCAGCCUGAGUCCAAUAAAGAAACUGGGGGUAGUGAAGGAGGUGGCCAUGUGAUGUGGGUACGGGCAGGCAUGCACCGGGGUAACACCACUCCCUGAUCACACAGAAAGUGAAGGAUGAGAAAACAGAAGACAUGGUUUCUCAGUACAGUGUCCUGGUAUUCAGAUGGGCUUUCAUUUGAGGAUUUGCACUCUGUGUCCAUCCUUCAGUGCUCUAUUUCUCUUCUGCAUUAUCAUCACAUCUAAACCUUUGGGUGAGGCACCACAAAUCACAUCUCUGCUCUGAACUUCACUAUAUACAGCUUGCUUCAUCUCCCUGUGGAUUUGAUACAUCAUAUGUAAUGCAAGUGCUGCCUAUUCCUCGACUCUCCUGUUUGAAUCAAGGCAAUAACAUAAAUGAUCAGUAAGCAGUAAUUAAUUAGUAAUUAAGUAUCAGAAUCCAAGUACAAGAGCAUUUUUGAGUUCCAGCUUUUAAGGAGCCAGCAACACAGAGGUAUUUUUUUGCUGGGUCUUGUGAGGAUUUGGCUUGCUCUUUUCUUGAGCUUGGCCUCCAGGCAUCCUAUUUCAAGGUAUUUUGUCAGUCCAGUGCCAGGCAAGAUGAGAUUUAUAAGAUUCCAGCUGAAACAUCAGGAUGUCUAAAGCCCAAGGAAAUAUGCACAGUUGAAGAGGAAAGCUUCUUGGACAGAUCUUGAUGCUGGCUCCUGCAAUAAUCCUUUUGUGUAAAUAUUGCAGACUCAGCACUGCUCUCUGGGCAGCUGUCCAUGAGCUGGCUGCAGAGAUGGGGCUAGGCUGCCAUACGCUAACACCAUGCCAAAGUGCCAGUUUGACCUAAACCCGCAGUUUCAUGGCGAAGCUGCACAGCCAGAACCGUGCAUAUGACACCUUGGAUCCUUUGCUAGGAGAAGUGCUGAACUUCCCCCUACCUCUUUGCGAGGUCACGCCUUAUGUCCAAUCUCUCAUGUCUGUUAUAUCAGUAGCUGUGGAUUGACUGCCAGAUGAAAGGAUUAUCAAACAUCAGUGGUUUCUGUUGUGGCCAAUAUUCUCCUUGAACUAAGAAUAUGUAAUGCUUAUAUCUGCUUUUUUAACUGUAAGUGUCAUCUGUCAAGGAAACGCGACUUUCACAGAUUUAAAAUGGAGGGCAGCUUAAGUGUAUUCCAUGAAUUCUGUACAUUGUGAUGUUCCUCAAGUUCUCACUUAGGUGACUAUUGUAACUUGCACUAAAUCAAAUUGAUUAUGGUAUUAUAGGUGUAAUUGUUUAUAGCUGAAUGCAGCAAUGUUUACCAUUCAAAUAAUGGUUUUGUAUUUGUAUUGUAAUAGUGGUUGUUGUUGUUCACAAGGUUGUGACUGUACUGCCCUAAUAUUACACAGUAAUAAGGUAAUCGUUUAAUCUGAUAUUGAUAUUGUUUACAUAUAAAUGACUCAUGCAUAGACUGUACACUACAGGCCAAAAGUUUGAAAGUAACACUACUUUGGGGGAAGAAAACAAAAAAGAAAUUGUUACAUAACAUUUGAAAUUGUUACAAAAUAAAAGUCCCAAAAAUGGUUCUUUAGAGCUAUGCCAAAGAUGUUCCGAAAGAACAUCAAUCCAGAUAUUUUUACCCCUUUUGAAACAAUCACUUUUCACCAGAAAGAUGCUUACACAUAAUGCUAACAUUUAUGGAGGGAUUGUUUUUAGCUUGUCUUAGUUUGGCAAGAUUCAUCAAUCAAAAUGGUCUUUAGGAAACCAUAAAAUAGUUCUUCUAUGGCACUCUGAAGAACCAUUUUGGGCACCUUUAUUUUUAAGAGUUUAAUGGACUAUAAUCAACAAAGACCCUGAGGGCUUUUUGUCUGUAAUACAUCAGAAUAAGAGUAUCACUCUUAGGUUAAACUAGAUGUCAGUAAAUGUAUUGGAUGUUAGUGGAAUGGCUUAAAUUUAACUUAUUUUUGAAACUGGAAACGUUCAUUGCUUGUUUUCAUACUGUUGGUCUAUACAAUCUGUAUAAAUUUAGAUCAAUAUGACAUAUGAGAUGUUACUUGUCUCUUGUGUUGUAUUAGUUGCUUUUGUAUUUAUGAAAACUGUUUCUUCACUGAAGGAACUGAAAACUGCAAUGUUUCUUAAUUUGCUUAACCAAAGUAAGUGACACUUGUAUAAUGGACACUGUCCUUUAUAUAGACCACUUAGCGUGAAGUGUGUGUGUGUGUGUGUGUGUGUACAUAUUAGUAUGCAUACAUGCAAAUCAACAUGUCUGUGUUGAUUUGGACUGUUUUGUAUUUAUUGUAAAUGUAUUUAAUUAAGAGCAGUCAUUGUGUAUUCUUUUCUUUUCUAUCCUUACCCAGAGGUCAUGUGAUUGAUAAAUACAAUCUUAAACUGAGCCUGCAGCUUGAGCCUAUGUGACAAAGAAAUUUUAAGACAGACAGUGUUUAUGUGAGCUUUUGUGAAGUGUGAACAUUGUCACUUUCUGAAUUAGUAUACUCAGUAUAUGAAUGUAUUUUCAGCCCUAUAGACAUGUGUAUAACCUUUCAAAGAUAUAGACUUAUCUGUAUAUUCAGAGAAUAUAUUUGUAAUUUAUUCAAGUUAUUUAAUUUAAGAUACAGCUAUAUUGUUUAUGACAGGACGAAGGUGGUAUAACUCACGAUUGUGGUAGUUGCAGCCAAUAAAAUUGCUUUUGGCUCAGUGUGUGACAAAACCCUAUACCUUUCCUCUGUGUUAUACCAGCAGGUAAUCUGCACUGAAACCAUCACUGCAUCUAAACAAUUAACAAACAGUUAACAUUUCUGGUAACCAAUGAUGGAUCUGACACAUAGGAAUAUUUGUAUGCUAAAUAUAUUUCCCCAUACGUUUGUACCAUUUAAAACAUUUAUAGAUAUCGAAGUAUUCCUGAUUUUAUAACUAAAAUAUAAUUGACAAAGUCAGGGAUGCUCAGAAAACACCAAAGAACAACACAUUUUUUCUUCCUAAGGGGUGGCCAGUGUCAUGCUAGCCUGAAGCAUGGACACCUUAUGGACACCCUGGUAAGAAAUUAUUAUUUAGCUAGCAAACACAGAAGCGAACUAUUACCUGGCCCCACUUAUCAAAACAAAUAAACAGGUAAGCAAACACUGGUCAACUUUUUGAUGUUAAUAAUGUUCAUUAUUUGGAGGCAUAACAUUGGAUUUCUUUGAGUUUGUAACACUAGUUGUGUUUCAUGAAAUGUAGCCUAAUAUUAUUAGCUAUGACUUUUUGUAGCUUGCUGGAUGGCAAGCAAAUGUUGCUUAAAUUUGUGCCUUUUAUGUCCAGUGGGGAUCCUACUCAGGCUGUACACAGGUAACCACAUUAUUUUAUUUUCCCAAGUUAUCACCCCAGUAAAGUCUUACCUGGGUCUAACCCAGCCACCCCACUGUAAAAGGUAUGGCUAUGCCAUACUUUAGAGCCUGGUUUUUGGUCAACUUUAGGACAGCGUGGUCAGCCUUAGUCUGAUAAACUGGGCAAAUGCCCAGCCAUAUAGUAACAACCAUAUUUAGAACCUAAAUAUAUCUUUAUAAAUAAACAGGGUUCUACUUAUACUGUGUACAGUAUUCCGUCCAUAGACAUCUGCUCUCAGUUGCUCCAGCACAUUAGUGGAAUUAGUUGAAAGAUAAGUACUAUAAGGAUCAGAAUACUCCCUCUGUCUCUGCCACCAAAACACAGCAUCUUACAUAAGCAUGUUACAUAAGCACUGUUCUGAGUUGCAGGUUUGACCCAGCAGGCUCAUGGGGAUUAUGUUCCCACUGAAUGCUAACACUGGGAAAGUCUUCCUCUGCCCUGACCACUGCACUAUUAGUUAUCAAAAUGACUUAAAAAAAAAUGUUUGCUUCCUCUGACUACUUCAACAGUUAAAUAGAGAUCAUGUAAAUGUGUUAAUUUGCACUCACAUAUAUUGACUAUUUUUUAUGUAUAAACACUAAAAUAGUUACUCAUGCAGAUAGUUUAUGAACAUCCCUAAAAGUUGUAAUAUAACUUGUCAUAGAUUAUAUCUAUGGCUUGAGUGAGCAUGUAAACAUCAACAGACUUUAAGGGUUUUAAAAAUUGUAAUCAACGCUCUACCUCAGUGGUUUCAUCAUGUUAUGAUUAUGAUUUUGGUUAAAAAGGCUUUUCUCUUGUGUAACCCAUGUCAUUAUGAGAGUUAUCUGUCUUUGAACCCAAACAUCAAUAUUUAACUUAGUGUAAUGGCUUUAUGGCCUUGGCAAAGUAAUAGACAGUAAAUUUACCCAUCUCUUGCAUACUGUACAUACACUAUAAGGCCAAAAGUAUUUGGACACCUGACCAUCACACUCAUAUGUGGGCCUUCCCCAAACUGUUGCCACGAAGUUUAAUCACGUAAUUGUAUAGAAUGUCUUUGUAUGCGGUAGCAUUAAAAUUUCCCUUCACUGGAACUAAGGGAUUGAGCUCAAACAUGUUCCAGCAUGACAAUCCCCCUGUGCACAAAGCAAGCUCCAUGAACACAUGAUUGCCAAGGUUGGAGUGGAAGAUCCCGAGUGGCCUGCACAGAGCCCUGACCUCAACCCCACUGAGCACCUUUGAGAUGAACUGGAAUGCUGACUGCACCCCAGGCCUCCUCACCUGACAUGAGUGCCUGACCUCACUAAUACUUUUGUGGCUGAAUGGACAAAUCUCUACAGCCAUGUGCCGAAAUCUAGUGGAAGGCCUUCCCAGAAGAAUGGAGCCUAUUAUAACAGCAAAGGGGGACUAAAUCUGGAAUAGGAUGUUCAAAAAGCACAUAUGGGUGUGAUUAUUCAGGUGUCCACAUACUUUUGGCAAUAUAGUGUAUCUAUAUCACGUAUACCUUUCUUUGUGAAAACUGAAGAUGAAUCAUUUAUGGCCUUCUUCUACUGGGGACUGGAUCACUUGAACUUUGCACUUUUUCUAGUGAUAUAUUAAAUAUCACUUAAUCUAUGAGAGAUUAUCAUCAAAACACCAACUGAAAUCUUUUUUUUGGUUUGUUUUGGAAGAAAGGUGUUUUAUCCCUCCGGUACAGUUCCAGAAACCUGUAGAAUAUAUGGCAAGGCACAUUGAAAUUGUUCUGGCAGCUUGUGCUGGGCCAACACCUUACUAACACAGUCUAUGUUGGUUUUUCCUUUAAUUUGUCACUCUUCAAUGUGUGUGUUCUGUGGAGGAGGAAACAUUUCUAUCCUGAUGGGCAUGGUCUCUUCCAGGAUGGCAGCAUCUCCAUCCACAGGUUACAAUGGCUUACUAAAUGAUUAGAUGAGUAUGAAAAUGAUGUAAACCGUUGAUGUGCUAUGGCUUUCACCAUCACCAGAUCCGAUAUGGCCUUCAUCCCACUGAAAUUCUACAGGAGAUAUUGGAGCAACUUGUUAGACAAUGCUCUCCAUCACCAUAAUCAAAAUAACAGUAGACAAAUGAUCCUUUAGAGGAAUGGUGUUCAUCCCUCCAUUACAGAGACAAUAGGGUACGUUGAAGUUGUUCCUUUCAUUUGCUACCUAUGUAUGACACAAACCAUACAAAAGUUAUCCAGCUAGAAUGCAAUUAUUUAGUGGAUCUUCCUAACAUAAAAAUCUACAAAUCUUACCUUGUUAAUAGCUAAGAGUGGAAACUUUUGUUCCUGUCUUCUUUCAUAUACUGUUACAUAUUUCUCUUGUGAAAUCUACUACAGCUUAUGGUAUUGUAAACCAUUGUGCAUUGUUUAUAGGCAUAGAAUGUUCAUUCAGGAGAAAGUAUGCAUUCAUUGUAUUCUAAUGAGCUCUAAAAUCUCAGAGACUUUCCUUUCAAAUCCUCAAUAGAAGUUACAUGGAUCUAACUGGUAAACCAUUAGGAAUGCUGAAAUAAUACUUUGCCAUGGUGACCUCUGACUGCACGGCUGUGUCAGAAAGACUGUCUCCUGCAGUGAGUGUGGAUUUAGGGAAAAACACAAGUGUUUUUUUUUUUUUUUUUUUUUCAAUUGAGUCCACUUCAAACCCAUUGUAUAGAAACCUCUAUCAUGUCAUCUGAAGGACUGGACCUGUGGUGAAAAAUCAACCUAGUAUGAUCAUUUUUCCUUCUGUCUGUGUACUCUCAUAUAAACAGAGAAAGAUGUUAGCUUGUAUUUGCUUGUAUUUGUCUGAGAAGACAGAUAAUAUUAGGCAUAAUUAUUAUUGGUGCUAUUGUUACACAAAUAAAUUAUUACCUAAUGGUUCAGCAAUCUCAUGCUCAAUGCAUCCACUUUUAUCUUUCUGGUUUGUUAUUCUACAGGGUGUCCCAAAGGUCUCCGUACAUAAUCGACACUUUUUAGCAAAAUGUAUUCCAAAAUCUUUUCAUACUUUAGUUUAUAUUAUGUAUAUGUCAAAAGAAGAAUAUAUUGAAAUCAUUCUCAUGGCUGGUUGCAAUGGACUUUAACAGGAAACAUGGCAAGCACAUCACAUCAACACUGUUGCCAGACUUUUUAACAAAUUUAAAAAGACUGGAAGUGUUGUGGACCAACUGAGAAGUGGACAUCCACGAACACACUGACUAAGGCACAACCCAUGUGGCGCUGGCAUACAUAGUCCCCUGUGUAUGGAGACUUUUGGGACACCCUGUAUAUUGUGUUUCACAUCCUAAAUAUUUGCUUAUAUUAGUCAUAACAGUGUUAUAUAUUACAAAAAAUUAACAUCACAAAAAUGUUACUGCUGCUAAAUGGAAAUUACUGACUGUACAGGCUAAUGGGUAACGUGCACAGAGAGCCUACUGUUAACAUUAACAGAUGGAAUUAUGGUCGGUGUGGCCAAACACUUACAACAAAAAUAAACCUAAAUAAACCUAAUAAAUUUAAAAUUGUUUCUUAGACAUUAGCAGAGGUUACAGUUCCUGAAAAUACUGAUGUUAGACAUCCUCCAGCUGCAUACAAUACUCUCCACUUUCCAUGCCACGAUUGCACUUUUCUUGCAUUUUUCAGGCAUGGAGCAUUCAAGAAUUUCCCUCAUGGGAUCAAUAAAGUCUAUCUAUCUAUCUAUCUAUCUAUCUAGUUCUAUGCUUUCUUGCACUGAAAUUUAACAUACACACAUCUUCACUGAUGGCUAGAUUGUUAUA